UCCAGUGGAACAUGACAAUUCUAGAAUUGUUUCAAAUUCUACAACUGCGGACCUCAAAAACGAUAUGAGGCUUAUUGCUUUAUGCCAUCAAAAAUUUUGUAGAAACUUCAGGGUGUUUUCCGAUAAUGCAUCAUCCAUGGUGAUAACAAUCAUCUUCAUGAUUGUAGUUGAGUCAUGUUUCCAUGUCUACAGGGCACUUCAGGCAAACAAUAUAAAAGAGACUGUAAACUAUAUCAUGCUUUUCUUGUUGAUAAACAUGACAGUACUCUAUAUAUUCAACAACGGUCAGCGUCUAUUAAAUCAGAAUGAUAUUCUGCGCAAACAUCUGUCAGAACUUCCCUGGACCGACAAGCCUCGAUGGUUCAGGCAGACAGUGCACAUUAUGAUGACACGGGCAAAUAUCGACAUACAAUUGAAACCGUAUGGUAUCUUUGUUUUAAACCUCAUGUCAUUCAAAGAGAUGAUGAAGUUUAUUGGAUCGUCUGCCAAUGUCCUAUAUACCGUCAAACAUUCGAAUAAGUCACUGUGAAUUAAUAGCUUGAAGUUUAUUCACCAGUGAUGACUCAAAAAG